AGAAAUGUUUAAAAUCUGUUAACAAAUAUUGUUAAUUACUUAACUAAUUUGGUGUUAUUACGUUUAAACUAAUUAUAUUUAAAGGUAUUCCAAAGAAGAGGAGAUUUUGAACAACCUGUUUCCUAUUUCUAUAAAAAUUGGAAAAGUUAUGCGGAAGGAUUCGGAAAACUGGACGAAGAUUUUUGGUUAGGCAAUGAAAAAUUAUAUUAUUUAACAAAUCAAGGAAACUAUUCUCUCAGGAUUGAUAUGAAAGACAAAAAAGAUAAUACUUCAUACGCCGAAUACGGAAAAUUCAGAAUUGAAAACGAACAAAAUUUGUACAAGUUACAUGUAAGGAAUUAUAGUGGUGUAGCUGGAGAUAGUCUUUUAUAUCACACCAACAUGUUUUUCACUACAUUUGACAGAGAUAACGAUAAAUCAAAUACUACUAAUUGCGCCCAAAAGUACGAAGGUGCAUGGUGGUAUAACGAAUGCCACUUUUCCAAUUUAAACGGAUUAUAUUUGAAUGGCAAGAACGAACUGAGAGGAAAAGGCAUAAUAUGGUACACUUGGAAAGAUUUCUAUUAUUCACUACCCGUUGUUGAAAUGAAGAUUCGUCGUGCAUAAAAUUAACUAUGUUUGUAUAAAAAUAUUAAAUAUGAAAAUAAGAAAUGUAUGUUGUACAUAUAAAGCCUUCUAUUCAAAUAACAAUUCAGUAAUAUAUAUAUAUAUAUAUAUUACAUUUGCUAUUUUCUCCUCUCAUCCUAGAAAGCAAUAGAAGUACUUUUUAACCGUUCAUAUCCAAGCCCUGUAUCUCCCAUCCAUGAAGAAGGUUCCCGUUUUUACCUGAAGGGCGUGCUGUUGAAGAUAUAAGGGCUGAAAGAUUCGCCUUCUAUAAAUUUCUAGAACAGUCCAGAACAUUCCAGAGUAUUCGAGAGCAUUCCACAACAUUCCAGAAUAUUCCGGGAUGUUCUGGAACGUUCGGGAACAACCCGAAAUAUCUCAGAUCAUAAUGGAACAUUCCAGAACUCUCGAAUGUUGUGGAAUGUUCUGGAACAUUGUGGACCAUUCGAAGCGUUUUUUCGUAUGGGAGGGACUACUUAUUGGUGGGGGUAUAUAAAACAAGAUCUGUCGUGGGUUCGAACGUCAGUUUCUUAUCAGUAACGAAGGGAAAAACCGAAAAUGAAGUGAAAAUUCCAAAGUAGUGCAGUCAGUGAAUAAAAACGAACAGUGAAGUGUGAGUAGUCAAAG